AUGUUCGUGACCGCCCUCCUCCUCCGCAAUCGCAUUCCUGGCAGCCAGUGGAUCGGGAAGCACCGGCGGCCGCGCGCCGUGUCUUUCCACGCGAAGCAGAACAUGAUCCGUCGCCUGGAGAUAGAGGCGGAGAACCAUUACUGGCUGAGCAUGCCCUACCUCACCGCGGAGCAGGAGUACGGCCACGCCGCGGGGCGCCGGGCGGCGGCCUUCGAGGCCAUCAAGGCGGCCAGCGUGUCCAAGUUCCCCCCCCACAGAUUUGUGGUAGACCAGCUCGACCAUCUCAAUGUCACCAAGAAGUGGUCCUAACCCAGCGCCACCGCCUUUCAGCUGGACGGAUCGCGGGGCUGCCAUCUCUGUGGCCCGAUUCUGGAACUGAAAAGCUAACCUCUAGAGAGAAAAUGAACCUUUGGACCGGAGCCUUAAUGGACAGCAAAGAGGAACGUAGUGGUCUGCAUGUAGAGUAUCUGGGGCUCCAAAUUCUUUAAUACUUGAGAGUCUGAUCUCUGUCGCAUUGUUUCCUUUUUCUUUAUCCUCAUAGGAAGAUACAGGAGAUUUCCUGGGUCACAGAGGAUAUGAAAUGUAUUUUGGAUGGAAGCUU